AUGGCGGAUCUCGCUGCGCCACCGGUGCUAUCGACUCCGGACGAUCACAUCCUCACAGCCGAGCCACCGCUGCCCCCAGCUCAGAAGUCAACCCAGUCAGCCGACGUCCUGUCUCGAACUUACGAGAUUCCUCGAACAAUCGACUCCCUCAUCGCAGGCGGUUACAAGCGCAUAGCACUCCAGUUCCCAGAUACACAGCUACCGGACGCCCCCGCUGUAUCAACUGCUCUCUCGGACCAAUUGCCACGAGACGCAAAGGUGCACAUCCUCGCAGACACAAGCUACAGCGCGUGCUGUGUCGACGAGGUGGCAGCCGAACACGUUGAUGCUGAGGUUGUCGUGCACUAUGGAAGGGCGUGCCUUAGCCCAACGAGCCGCUUGCCGGUCAUCUACAUCUACACUUCGCAGGAACUAGACCUCCUAGAUGCUGUCACCAAGUUCGAGUCGGAAUUUCCCGACAAGAAUGCGAAGGUGAUUGUCAUGGCGGAUUUGACGUACCAUCACCAUGUCACUCCGCUCGUCGAGUCGUUAAAAGAAAAGGGCUACACAGGCAUUCAACGGACAGAGGUGGUCCGAGACCCGAACGGCUUGAUACCAAACAGAAGCAUACCCUUCGACCUCACGGCAGACGAUCUUAGGGCAUGUUCCCUCUUCCACGUGUCCGACCCACCCACGUCCGUUCUUCUCGCUCUGUCUUCACGCUUCAUAUCUCUUCACGUGCUGUCCGCGCAGUCAUCGACCGUCGAGAACCCCACGAUGCGCACAGCGGGCUUGCUCCGCCGACGUUUCGCACGCGUCCUUUCCCUGGCGUCUGCAGGGGUCAUUGGAAUACUGGUCAAUACUCUCUCCAUUGCCAAUUCCUCGUCCUCAAUAGACAAUCUCAGACGCAGAAUCGCCGAUGCAGGCAAAAAGAGCUAUACAGUCGUCGUGGGAAGACUCAACCCCGCGAAACUGGCCAACUUUUCUGAAGUGGAAGGAUGGGUGGUAGUUGGGUGCUGGGAAGGUGGGCUCGUCGAGGAGGACAGCGGGUACUGGAGACCAGUGAUAACACCAUUCGAAAUGGAGGUCGCUUUGACGAAAGAGGAGGACCGUAUAUGGGGCGGUGAAUGGUGGGGUGGCAUAGAGAAGCUUUCUCUCGCCCAGGAGCCAAAGGAGGAGAAAACGGAAGUGCAGCAGGAUGAUGCAGGCGACGUCCACGAAGCAGACGAGGGCGUAGAAGGCGAAGAGUCAAUGCCACCAGAGUACGACCUGCGCACGGGAAAGCUGGUCAGUCACAGUCGGCCCAUGCGGCUGGCCGUGAGGGAUGCUCCUGACGCGAGAACAAAGUCGAGCGACUCAGAGACACUGAUAAAACGGGCAGCUCCCGGCGAAGUCGUGAGUAUCAAUGGCGUUGCCAGCCCGGGCGCUGAGUUCCUCCGCUCAGGGCGGACAUGGCAAGGCCUGGGCAGCGAUUUUCAGGAUAACAAUGAAGCAAGCACAGUCGUGGAAGAGGGUAGGAGAGGCGUGGCGCGCGGCUACGUCGUUGGUGAAGGAGAGAAGCAUUGA